AUGCGAGCACGUGUAUCUCUCUGUCAGGAUCGUGUUGAAACAUUUAACAUUUUAAUUUUGUAUUAUUGAAUUUUUUUUAAAAAUGUCCGAUUCUUCAGCCGACGAAGAUUUUAUUGAAAAUAAUAACAAAGAAGUCGAAGAAAAACAAGAAAGUGAUUCGGAAAAUUUCCUAUUAAAUGCCGAAACAAAAGAUGCAUUGAAAGAAGAAACGGCAACAUUUCAAUCAUUAGGUGUUUGUGAUGUAUUAUGUGAAGCUUGUGAAUCAUUGAAAUGGACAAAACCAUCCAAAAUUCAAACUGAAGCAAUACCAUUAGCAUUAGAAGGACGUGAUGUUAUUGGUCUAGCUGAAACUGGUUCAGGUAAAACCGGAGCAUUCGUAUUACCAAUCUUACAAUCGUUAUUGGAUACUCCACAACGAUUAUUUGCAUUGAUUUUGACGCCAACCAGAGAGCUUGCAUUUCAAAUCAACGAUCAAGUAAAAGCAUUGGGCACUAGUUUCGGUGUAACAACAGCAACAAUUGUCGGUGGAAUGGAUAUGAUGACCCAAUCAUUAGCAUUAGCUAAACGACCACACAUUAUUAUUGCUACACCGGGUCGUUUAGUUGAUCAUCUGGAAAACACUAAAGGAUUUCAUCUUCGAACAUUAAAAUUUUUAGUACUUGAUGAAGCUGAUCGUAUAUUGAAUAUGGAUUUUGAAAAAGAAGUUGAUACUAUUUUGAAAGUAAUACCACGUGAACGACGAACAUUUAUGUUUUCGGCUACAAUGACAUCUAAAGUUCAAAAAUUACAACGUGCAUCACUUAAAGAUCCUGUACGAGUUGAAGUAUCAAGCAAAUAUCAAACUGUUGAUAAUCUACAACAAUAUUAUCUAUUUGUACCAGUCAAAUAUAAAGAUUGUUAUUUGGUUUACAUAUUGAACAGUCUUCAAGGUAAUUCAUUCAUUAUAUUUUGCAAUACCUGUAAUCAAACACAACGUAUAGCAUUAAUGUUACGUAAUCUUGGUUUUAAUGCUAUACCAUUACAUGGACAAAUGUCACAGGCAAAACGUUUAGGAUCAUUGAAUAAAUUUCGUUCAAAAGCACGAAGUAUAUUAUUAGCAACGGAUGUUGCUAGUCGUGGUCUUGAUAUACCGCAUGUUGAUUUUGUUAUUAAUUAUGAUAUACCAACACAUAGUAAAGAUUAUAUACAUCGUGUUGGUCGUACAGCACGUGCUGGUAGAUAUGGUAAAGCUAUUACUAUUGUAUCACAAUAUGAUGUUGAAUUAUAUCAACGUAUUGAACAUUUAUUGGGUAAACAACUGCCCAAAUAUACACCUAUUGAUGAUGAUGAAGUAAUGUUAUUUCAAGAACGUGUAUUACAAGCACAACGUUUUGCUAAAAAUGAAAUGGAUGAUGCCGGGUUGGGUAAAAAUCGUAAACGUAAAAAUAAUGAUAAUGAUCGAAAUGGUGAUGGCGAGGAUAAUGAUAAUUCAUUCAAUACAAAAAUGAAACGAAAAAAAUCGUUUAACACUUUCAAUCGUUCAUAUAAUUCCGAAGAGGAAGAACAUAUGAGAUUUGAAAUUUUUCAUCAAAAUUUAGAAAUUAUUCGAAAACAUAAUGAACUUUAUGAUCAAGGAUUAUCAUCAUAUCAAUUGGGUAUUAAUCAAUUUGCCGAUUGGACACGUGAUGAAUUUCGAAAAUUGAUUCGUAGAAAUCCAUCAAAUAAAUUUAUGCGAGAGUUUCGAAAACCAUCAUCACAAAUUUAUACAGAUAAUGAUUUGACUGAUUUACCCGAUGAAAUUGAUUGGACUAAAAAAGGUGUGGUAACACGUGUUAAAAAUCAAUAUCAAUGUCGUUCAUGUUGGGCAUUCAGUGCUGUAGCAUCGAUUGAAAGUCAACAUGCAAUAAAAACAGGAGAAUUGAUCGAAUUAUCUGAACAAGAUUUAAUCGAUUGUAGUAGGCCAGAAGGUAAUAAUGGUUGUUACGGUGGAGAUAUGGAUAAAGCAUUCAAAAUGGUUAUAAAAAAUAAUGGAAUAGAUACGGAAAAAUCAUAUCCAUAUGAAGCCAUUGAUGGUGAAUGUCGACAAUCACAAAAAAAUAAAACAAUCGGUGCAACAAUUCAUGGCUAUGUUGAUAUUCGAAGAGGUGAUGAACUUGCAUUACAAUCGGCUGUAGCAAAAAUUGGACCAAUAUCUGUUGGAAUUGAUGCAUCUUCUUGGCAUUUUAAGUCAUACCAAUCCGGCAUUUAUGAUAAUGAAGAUUGUUCAUCCACUAAACUUGAUCAUGGUGUUACAGUAGUCGGUUAUGGAGAAUUGAAUGGAAAACAAUAUUGGAAAAUUAAAAAUUCCUGGGGUGAAGGUUGGGGUAUCAAUGGUUAUGGAUUAAUGUCACGUAAUAAAAAUAAUCAAUGUGGUAUUGCAACCCAAGCAAGUUAUCCAGUUGUUUAGAUUUGCAAAACAAAACAAAACAAUUAAAUUCAAAAAUUCAUUUAUAAAAUUUGAUAAUUAUUUUAAAAAUUUCAAUUAAAA